CGGUCCAUCUUGCCCAUAACGCGCCGUCUGUUGUUGUAAAUAAUGGCGGCCUCGGGAGGCGGAUUAGCAUCUCCCAACGUCGCGGGCUUGAGCACUCAAGCGCCGCCGGCUCGGGCUCGCUUUCCGGGCCGGCCGUGCUCGGCUCGCAACAGGCUGCGGCUGGACAAACGACCCAAACGCGGAAGGUUCGGCUCCUCCGACUGCGGCCAGCUGGCUGCCGGAGGGCCGAGGCCCGUAAACAUCGGCCUCGCGUUGAGCGAAGACCCGGCGCUGCUGCGCCUGCUCGGGGCGGCGGAGAAGCACAGGCGGCAGGGAGAUGCGGGCUUCGACUCCAGCAGCAGUGACGAGGAGGAAGAUUUCUCUGGAUUUGGCUCCACGAGAGUUCGUCCACAGAGAGCUUCGGUCACUGUCCCUCAGUCUUCCAGCAGCAAAGCCCAAUCUUCCCGGGCGUUGGACCAAUCACCAGGAGCAAAACCUCUUAUUGGAAAAAUUAUUCCCAAGACUCAAAAAUCUGCUGUUCUCGGGAAGAUCGUAUCAAGAGUUCAGAAAGAGGAGCAAGAUGUUAAAGAAAGCGCUGUAAAACACAAAGAAACGCCAAAGGUUGUGGAACAUGACAACCAGGUGAAUCUCACUACAAAAGUCAAACCUUUGGACAAGCGUGCUUCAGGUACACCGACCAGAAAAGUAGUUGACGUAACCAGCAAAACAGGAAAAUCAGGAUUUACAGAAGCCCUCGAAAAUCAAACAGCCAGUACAUCAGCUGGAAGCACCAAACACCAAGAAGAAGUGGCGAGUACUCUUACAUCAGUCGACCGCGCACAACAAACUCAAGCAUUUGUGAAAGAAGAAGACGACACCGAUCACUCUACAACAAAGACGACAGAAGCUGCAGCAGAGGCAGGAGCCCCAAGAGGAGAGGAGGCAGCUAUGCCCCAAGAAGGGCAAGAUGGAAAUGAGCUACAGAUCCAAGGUCAAAAGAUGAUCCCACCAGAAGAGCCACAGUCGGUUCCAGAGCAGCUGCAGCAGAGUUCCAACACUUCAUCCACAACUGUAGCAAGCGGGCGUUCCUCCCGCAUUAUUAAAGCUCCCAAGAGGUUCCUGGAUGAGGAAAUGAUCCCCUUUCCAAAGGGCUCCCUGACAACGUGGCUGAAAACUCAGAGAGAGGAGGGAAAGGCCGGUGCGCCGCUUCACGAGUCACGCUACGAUCGCAACUCUCAGCCAUCACAAAGUUUCUCUGUAUUUGACAGCCUUUCCAAUGUUUCAAGAGUAUCAUCACCAUCAAUUUCAGGAGCAAGUCAUGUAGAGAUCUACAAGAAUCUUAAGAAACUGACUUUAAAGCUUGCAGAGAAAAAGAGAGGGCAAUCUGAGGAUUAUACUUAUCAAGGGGACAGUUUUGCCUCUCAUGUCAGGAGGAAACGGAAGCCCAAGCUCAUGAUGGAGGAACUGAACUCCCCCGGCGUUGUGAGGAAACUGGCUGUGGUGGUGGAGUCACCCUCUCAAAUCCCAGCAGAAGAUACAACACAUACCACAGCUGGUGUGCCUGGAGCCAGUAGUGAUACAUUAGAAGUCAGCGGACCCAGCUAUCGGAUUGGUCUCAGUGGAGCUAAUAAGAGGAUGCUGCACCUGUUGAAGAAGGCUAAAGUUCAGCUCAUCAAGAUUGAUCAGCAAAAGCAGCUCAAGUUGUCACAGUUGGGCUCUAGAGAAUCACAAAUGCCAGUGAGGAGGAGGAGGACGACAACGGCAACAAGUGUGGGGCUGUCUAACAAAGAUAUUGGUCUGCAGGAGCAGCCACUCGGGGGUCCGAGGAUCAAGCAUGUCUGUCGGGCAGCUGCAGUGGCGUUAGGGCAGCCUCGCGCCAUGGUCCCUGAUGAUAUUCCCAGACUCAGCGCUCUGCCGCUUCACGAAAGGGAGGGCAUCACGUUUUCACCCACAACAGAAGAUGUGGCAGAUGAGGAGGAUGAUGAUGAUGAUGACGCUGCCAUCUCUGAUCAAGGCAGGGCCCAGUGGGUUGUCACUCAGGAAAUUAUCCAGCGCAGGAGCAGGAGGCGAGCGAAAGGGAAGGGGCACAGGUUCAAAAGGAAGAGGAUGCUGGCUCCCUUUGUGCCUGGGGGAGUCCGUUCCCGGCGCUGCGGCGGCUGCAGAGGCUGCCUGGUACAGGACGACUGUGCCAGGUGCAUCAACUGCUUGGAUAAACCUAAGUUUGGGGGUCCCAACACCAAGAGACAGUGUUGCAUAUACAAGAAGUGUGAUCGGAUUGAGAAAGCAAAGAUAAAUCGCACAGUAAAAACACUGAAAGUCCUGGCGAGGCCGUUAUCAGGCUCUGUUUCGAGCACAGAUGAAAAGUGGAGCUGUGCAGAUGCAGAGGAAGGAUCGUCCUCAAUGGUGUCUGGAAUCAGGAAGAAGUCUCUUCGUAACGUCAAGCUACGGUCUUACAGCAGCUUGCUCAAAUCAGAAUCUGAAGAAGAAACAGACGACGAUAAGUCGGAUAAAUCGACUUUCAAGCCAAAUGUACCUGUUGUGUCUAACCAAGGUGGUGUUUCGCUGCCAGACGAGCCACUGACAGAGUCGCUGAAACAUCGCCGGCAGUUCUCCAGAAGUGGCAACAGCAGGCCGAGAGCUUACAAGGCACAGGAGAGCACGGAGGACACGACGCCCAGAGAAAGUCUCCCUGAAUCCAGACCAUCCGGGAACCUAAUGCCGAAGCUGCAGCAGCAGCUAAAAAUACACUUGCACCGCCUGCCUGAUUAUAUCCUGCAGUCUGCAACUCUGUCUUUGCCGUGGCAGUCACCUCAGUGCGUGGAUCGGUGUGCUGCACAGUCCAAUCCACCAUUGGCCCAACCUUUAACAAAGCCUGCUAUUGCACAAUCAUCCUGUCCCAUAACAAACUCUCUUCCAGAAAUGUCCCAGCCUGAAAUGCAUCCUGCUUUGCCACUUUCACCCCAUCCUAUUUUAGACUCUCCACAGAAAACUCUGAUGUUACGUUUGCACCAUUUACCCCAGUCCGUUUGCCAGUCACCCCCGAAUCCGCUCAAACCUGUCCCAUCAUCGUCACCUCAGCAACACCCGCAGACUGUACUGUUCCCAGAGGUGUCUCCACAGAUGUGUUCUCAGGGACAGACAAAGUGUGAGAUGAACGAACAAUGCUCUCUGUCAGAGAUGUGCAGAGGUAACGCAGACAAAACCGUGUGCGAGGUUGCGACAGGGUCCCCACAGACUGUCAGCCCAGGCGCAGAGUUACAGAGGUGUGUGCAAGAAGAUCAGGAAUACACUUGUGAGGAGCAGAGUGAAGAGGACCAAGAGGACUCUUCUGUAAGAGAGACGGUGCUGCAAAGCUGUCUAGGAACUGACCACCACUAUGUGCUUCGUUCUCAGAAUCCUGCAGAGUGUGCUUCAGUGAACACCCUGACGGGGUUCAGUAACGGAUUUCCCUUAAAGGGCCUGUUGCAGAACCAGCACAAGAUUCGCGUAGACUUCAAGGAGGACUGUGCGGUCCAGAACGUGUGGCUGAUGGGCGGCCUAAGCGUUCUCACCUCCGUCCCAACAACUCCACAGCCUGUUUGUCUGCUUUGCGCCAGCAAAGGAAAACAUGAGAUGAUAUUCUGCCAGAUCUGCUGUGAGCCUUUCCACAGCUUCUGCCUGACACCCGAGGAGUGUCCUCGGGAGGAAUCUAAGGAGAACUGGUGCUGCAGGCGUUGCAAAUUCUGUCAUGUGUGUGGCCGCAGAAGCAAGAGUUCAAAGCCUGUAUUGCAGUGCAGGAGAUGCCAGACCUGCUACCACCCUUCCUGCUUGGGGCCGACGUACCCAAAGCCUAUAAACUGCACAAUGCCAUGGGUGUGCAUGACGUGCAUUCGCUGUAAGAGCUGUGGCGUGACUCCUGGAAAGAGCUGGGACUUGGCCUGGAACCACGACCAGGACCUCUGUCCCGACUGCACUAAACUCUACAAGAAAGGGGAUUUCUGCACAAUCUGCCACAAGUGCUAUGAAGAGAGCAGCAAACCCUCACAGAUGAUUCAAUGUUCAGAGUGCAGCCACUGGGUUCAUUACAGAUGUGAAGGACUGUCAGAGGAGCUUUUUGGGUUGCUGUUAAGUCAGCCAGACAACGUGGAUUUCACUUGCUCAGCCUGCAAGCAAAACCAGACUGAGCUCAGCAGCUUUAAGGAGGCGCUGCAGAGCAAGUUGAUGGCAGGGUUGGGGGAGGUGAUCGCCAACCUCCUUUCCUCCAGCAGCACUCAGCACCUCUUCGUCUGUAAAAUGUGUCAGGAAACAAACUUUGUCACGGGACUUCAACCUGUCUGUGAUCUACAGGCUGUGGAGAAUAAGUUUAAAAGUGGCGGCUAUAUCUCGAUAAAAGCUUUCCACGUGGACAUCAUAGCUGUAAUGAAGAAAUGGCUGAAAGAAGAGGAACGUCUGCUUGAAGAUCAUAAACCAACAGUGCAGUCUCAAGCACACUACAUCCAGGUGAUGAAGAGAGUAUUCAGUUGGUUUCCUGCACAUGAUAUUAAAAAGUCAAACUGGUUCUCUGAAGAAUUUCGAAGCAUGCUCCCUGAGGCCGUCCUCCCCCCGUCUAAGGAGCACAGUUAUGCACAGUGGCUUGAACGGACGUAUCAGCCCAACGAGUCCAGGGGUCCACAGGCCGACUGUAAACAGUCCUCCAUCACUGCACACAAGUCUGGUGCGCAACACGUCUCGCGUCUGUAUUCGCAAGGGUCCACCAAGGCCGAUAUGAGGCAGUGUGCUCUCUGCCAACAGUAUGGAGAUGCUGCUGCCAUCGAAGCAGGACGGCUGUUGUACUUGGGGCAGAACGAGUGGGCUCACGUGAACUGCUGCCUCUGGUCGGCAGAGGUGUAUGAGCAGAACAGCGCCCUGCUGCAGGUGCACAGCGCCGUCUCAAGGGGCCGCAGCUUGCGUUGUGAUCAUUGUGGACAAUCCGGAGCCACGGUGGGCUGCUGCCUCGCCACCUGCCAGAGUAAUUUCCACUUCAUGUGUGCUCGUGCUGAUAGGUGUGUGUUCCAGCAAGACAGGAAGGUGUACUGCUACCAACACAGGAAUCUUGUUACUGCGAAGAUGGUGUCAGGGAAAGGGUUUGAAGUCCCCCGGAGGGUUUAUGUAGACUUUGAGGGCAUCAAUCUCAGAAGAAAGUUCCUCACAGGCCUGGAGCCAGAAUCUAUAACCAUGACGAUAGGCUCUCUGCAGAUUCAGAAACUCGGUGUGUUGUCAGAGCUGUCAUCGAAUGGCAGGAUGCUGUAUCCUGUGGGUUAUCAGUGCUCAAGGUUGUACUGGAGCACUGUGGACCCCCGAAAGCGCUGUAAGUACACCUGUAAGGUGACGGAGGUGAGCACGCCUCUUCCUGGGGAGGAACGAGAUCCCAGAUGGGACAAAGAGGAAAACCACACUAUCGUCCACAGUCCCAGUGAGCACAGAGCGGGGCCGGAUCCUACAGAUCUGGAAUCUCCUGAUCGACUCAGCUUAGCAUCAACCCCGAUAAAGUCUGAAACCCCUUCACCUGAAUCUAAGAUGCACAACACACUUGGACCCAGAAAUCCUGGUUACACACAAACCAGGAGACCAGCUUGUGGAUUGUCCCGUCCUCUUCCGUCUCCUGGGUCUGCUCCUCAAAAAUCUCAUCACAUUGUGACCCUGAGGGAUCUUGACGACACCCGUCGGCCUCGCAGACUCUCAACAAGAAGUCGCCGCAGUUCCUCGUCGACAGAAAGCGACCCGUCUGUCCCGAUGACCCUCCGCUCCGGCGGCACCGUUCACCCCAGAUGUGCCCUGUUCAGCUCCCCUCCACGAGCCUCCAAUCUGGGACCGGCUUCUCCUCCCCUCUCCCAACACAAUCCCACCUCUCCGGCCUGGAACUCCCCGCCUAGAUCAAACUCCAGCUUGUCUGCAGGGCUUUCACCUCGACAAGGCACAAUCACCCACUCCCCCAGAGGAAGGCAGAUCUUUAAACUCUCAACCCCCGUUUCUGCUGAGGUUCCCCACGACUUUUUGGCGUCAUCUGAGGCAGAAGAUGCUGCUGUCGCCACGACGAAUGGGAACUCGCUGGCUCCUGAUAACCUGGAAGAAGUCGCCCAUCUAAUCUCCCAAGAGCUGCCUUGCACGGUGUUUGACACCGACACGGAGGUUGCAAUGGACUCCAUGCUGAACGCUAAGCUGGAGUUUGAUGAAGCUUUUCUCAAUGAGAAUGUGGCACUUCACUGUGGAGUUCACAACAGCAGAGGAGAUGUGGAAGGCAUCGUGCAAGAUAUGGAGAAAGACAAUCAGGGAAAUGGCUCCGAUGAAGACUCCAGCCAUUACUUAAAGUUUUCACGGACGGUGGUGCGCAGUGCGACGAGCAGCUCCGACCCUUCCGGUCAUCUCCCUUCAGCACAGUCGAUCUCACAGUUAGACGGGGCAGAUGGCGGGUCGGAGAGUGACGACAGCGAGGUUGUUGAAGAACAAACUAAAACCGACACUCACACCCCUACAAAACAGCUAACGGUUGCUCUGAAGAGGCUGGAGUCGGUCUUCUCUGUGUCAAAGUCAAACAUUAGUCAAAGUGAGCAGAAAGCGGCUCAGCCAGAGUUUCAGGAAACGUCUUCACCGCCUGCUGAUCUGAUAUCAAGUAACACAGACGGUGUGUUCUCACUGCAGGAGGAGGAGGUAGGGAGGACCUCAGACACACCAGUAUCUCAAAAGGAUGGGUUUUUGGAUUCAGCAGCAGAUUCAUCUGAAGUUGAACCCGUGUUGCACGCAAAGCAGUGUGCAGAUGAUGAGAAAUAUGACAGUAGCUCAUCAGCAUGCUCGGUUGAAGGAUUUAAAGAUGAUUUGAGUGAUCCUGACUACUCUCCAGAUUUCAAAACCAAAAAGCAACACAUAGCACAGACAAAAACCAUCAUAGUUAAGGCAAAACAGCCGACGAAUCCAAAGCGCUUGUUGCCAAAAUCGCUUCCCGAGUUCAAACCAAAGCUCAGCCUGCUCCUCAACACUCGACCGGGACAGGCCGUAGAUAACGGCUCGCUUUCUUCUCCGGCAGCAGCCUGUGCUGUCCCGCGGCCGGUCACCUCCCCGAUCAUAUUAAACGGCUUAAACGCUUUACCCUUUCAGCCCGGGGCCACACGGGGAAGACCCAUCGCAAUCCGCUUGGACAACGCCAGGCCCGGAGCUCAGCUGCAGCAGGCAGGGACUCAGAAUCGUACGGAGGGAACGUCCUCGUCCACUCCCCCGGUUCCCUCUCGUCAGGUCCUGCUGGUCAACCGCCAAGGACAGAUUCUCAUCAAAGACCCGAGGUCAAACACUUUCCAGGUCGUCGCUACAAACUCACCUGCCUACAGUAGGAUAAGUACCAUUGCCAAGGUUCUCCACAACGAUAACACUCUGAAUCACAACAUGCCGCGUGUGAUUAUCAAGCCUCGGCCCAGCCUCUCCGUCCCUCCCGCCCCCCCUGCCAGCAACCACACACUGGUGGAGAAGAAACUUCUGUUCAGAGUGUUGCCCGUCAGCACCACCAUCACCUCCACCUCUAAUGUUCUCAUCAAUGCUCAGAUGGUUCCCCAGGUUAGUUUCUCCAACCUUGGAGAAGGCACAGCCCAGGCUAUCAUCGACAGAGCGCUGGCUACUCAACAAACUACAACAAACAAACAAAAUCCUAUCAUUUUCACUAACCUUCACCGGCCAAAAGCCGCACAGCAAACGCCAUCCCCGGUUCAAGGCACAGCAAAUUCAGAUAAUGUAUCAGUUGGACCUGCAGAGUCCCCCAGUGUUGUCUCUAAACCAGAACCAGCAGCAGUUCCUUCCCCCCAGCGAGUGAGAGUGAAGAGGGUUUCUACACCGGUAUCUACACCGACGGUUUCUGAACGACCCUCCAGAAAGAAGUCCAAGAUUGACUUUUUGAAGGAUUCAUCGAGUGAAGAAGAGGAAUUUCAGGAGGCCAGACCAAGUGGUGUUAGAAUGAAAGCUCCAACCACAAAAGAUGUUCUUGAUCUGGACCAGGAGAAGGAUUCUGAGCCGCUGAGGAUCCCUGCUCCUCCACCUCCUCCUUCCCCCUGCAGGCGUCCUCCAGCUGAAAGUCCUCCUACAUCCACACAAAGCAACAAUCAUUACCGGGUUGACCCGCACACGUGGGUCAGUGCUCGGCACGGAGACCUCUCCGAGUGGGUUCCAUGUGCAGCAGGUUUUAGCUCAGAAGAAGACACACCUAUAUGUAAACACAGGAAGAGGACAUACAUGAACCAACCCCAUCUGCGUUUUGAAAUCACCAGUGACGAUGGAUUUAGUGUGAAGGCUAACAGCAUAGAAGUUGCCUGGCGCGCAGUGAUCGACAGCGUUCUUGAAGCGCGUGCAGCCUUCCACCUGAAGCAGCUUCCUCUGACCGUGAUGAGCGGCCCCCGAGUGCUGGGCGUCAUCCAUGACGCCGUCAUAUUCCUGUUGGAGCAGCUGCAGGGCGCUGCCAGCUGCAAACGCCACCGCUUCCGCUUCCACCGCUGCGACGAGUUCGAGGAAGAGCUGCCCCUCAAUCCCAGCGGCUGCGCUCGAGCUGAAGUCUACACUCGGAAAGCCACGUUUGAUAUGUUCAACUUCCUGGCAUCGCAGCACAGAGCGCCCCCUGAUCUGGGCCCCUUUGACGAAGACGAAGAUGAAUUCCCGCUGAAAUCAUCCAGCAGGCGAGCCACCAGCACCGAGCUUCCCAUGGCAAUGAGGUUCAGACACCUGGAAAAAAUCUCCAAAGAAGCAGUAGGAGUUUACAGAUCUGCAAUUGAUGGUCGUGGACUCUACUGCAAGAGGAACAUUGAUGCUGGGGAGAUGGUGAUCGAGUACGCCGGCACAGUGAUCCGCGCUGUCCUGACUGAUAAGCGGGAGAAAUAUUAUGACAGCAAGGGCAUCGGCUGUUACAUGUUCCGCAUUGACGACUUUGAUGUCGUGGAUGCAACGAUGCAAGGCAACGCCGCCCGCUUCAUCAACCACUCCUGCGAGCCCAACUGCUACUCUCGCGUCAUCAACGUAGACGGUCGCAAGCACAUCGUCAUCUUUGCACUGAGGAAGAUCUACCGGGGCGAAGAGCUCACCUACGACUACAAGUUCCCCAUCGAGGACGACGACAACAAACUCCACUGCAACUGCGGGGCAAGACGCUGCCGUCGCUUCCUGAAUUAACACAUCCCAUUAAAAAAACAAAAAAAAAAAAAAAGCCAUUUUAUAUGAUGAAAUUCUCCAAGUUGCGGUGAUGAAGCAGUAAGAACGUUGCGUGAUACGUCGUCGUAGCUUUUGGACAAAUCAAGGGCAGUAAGUGUAUUCAUGUUGGUACCUGAGCUGCGUUUAGCAGCCGUAAACCAGAGCCAUAUGUCAAAGCUAGGGAUGAAACUACUAUUUCAGACGGACGGUAGUUGGUGUGUUCUUCUUCUGGAUUUGUAUGUUACAACACACCAUGCCCAGAUUUACUCUGACAGUGGUCGUGCUGAAACUGGGUCUAGACGCGAUUGGUACCACCUACAAAACUACAAUAACUUGACUUCAGUGGUAAAGGGAGAUGGAUUCCUGUCCUGGCGACAGUGUCUGUAAAUAUUCUAUCAACGAGGGGGGUGAAGAGAGUUUAUUCAGCACCUUACUUGAUGCAGGCUCCUCUCGCAGGGCGGCUGUUGCGGCCGGCCGGCCAAAUGAAACAGUUCCAGACAAAGUAAACACAUUAGACUCGAAGCACCUUGUGUACAUUGUAGAGCAGCUAUAUUUUUAACUUCACCUUCGUGUGCAGGGACCCCAUUAUUUCAGGUGCUGUUGACAUUUAUCCUAAAAGGUAGUUUUAAUAUUCACCCAGAUUGUGUUUCACUUCUAGUCGGUUGAAACUUCUUUCUUUUUUUUUUUUUUUUGUACUGGCAGAUGCUGUGAUCUGAAUGCUUUUAUCCUCGUAUUUCGGUCUGUAUGUUCAUCUUUUGUUGUGUAUUUUAAGGCUCAUAAGGGAGUGUUCUUGUUACAGGGUUCAGUCCCUUAUAAAUCUUUGUAUAUUUUCAAUAAUAAAUGUAUAUUCAACAAACUGACUGAUACAAAUGUUCAAGCUUUUACACUGCAGUUAGUAAGUGAAGGCAGACUGGCAGAAAUGAAACUUGCUGUGUAAUGAUCCAAGUUGAUCUACUUUCUUUUUCUUCAUUUGCACCAUCUUUUUCCUGUUUCUGUCACAAAUUCACUACCUCAAAUGUGUCAUGGAGUUGGAUUUAAUUGGAUUACAGAACACAUUUAAUGAAAAACAGCUUCCUUGUUCUGUCUCCACGUUACUCUAGGAUUGUAUGAAAGUAGUCUCGUCAAUACUAUAGGCCGCACGGUAAUGUUACUUGUUUCUUGGCAACCACACAAAGCUACUGGUUGUAUAUAGAAUUUUUUUUUUUUCUUGACUUAAUUGAAUUUGAUGUGAAUCCAUAUUAUUUUACAGCCUCACUAAGGGUCAUUGCCUGUAAAUAGUUGUAUAAAAAUUUGUUAAAUAUUUUUUUACCAUCACCCUUUUGUUAAUUUAUGUUCAAUAAAAAAAAUGUUUAAAGGUU